AUGUUAUGUAAAGCAAGAAGUUUAGAAGCUUUGAAAAAAUUUACAACUACUUUAAAAUUUCAAAGUCCAAGGUUUAUUCACUAUGUACAAGGUCAAGAACCAGAGCCCAGAAUUAGGGAAUAUUUUUACUAUAUAGAUCACCAAGGUAUGUUAUUCUUAGAUGAUUCGAAAAUGAAAAACUUCACUUCAUGUUUUAAGGAGAAAAAGUUUUUGGAAUUCUUUUUCAAAAGAAUACGCACGAAUAAUACUGGCCGAUAUCAAGAAGAAUUUCCAUUUUUGUCAUUGUGCGGACGCGAACGUAAUUUUAUAAGAUGUGACGAUGUACCCAUUGUUUUCACUCACAUUAUUAAAAGGGAUGCAAAAGAUGUUUUAACAUAUGGAUAUGUAGGUGAGGCACUUGCCUUUGAUUUUGUGCCAAAUAAAAUUUACAUGCUACCAGAUUCUGGAAGAGUGUAUCAUCCAGCCGAUGAUAAGUAUGGUGGGGUAGGUUUAAUAAGAUCAAAACUUUCUAUAGAGCUUAGUAAGAAUUUUACAUUUGGGAAUGGAGAAAGCAAUCCACCAACAAAUUUUUUAUGGAAUAAAAAAUCCUAUGAAUUAGACCAAUUAUGGUUUCAUAAUAAGGUAAAGGAACAUAAUUUAAAAAUAAGAGAUAUAACUGAACAUUAG